AUGAAGUCGUCAACAGCUUUUCGUCCAGCUUUCCUCUCCGUUCUGAUAUUCACCUGCAGAACCACAACCCAAAAUCUACCCCCAGGAGUGAUCUCGCCUCUCGUGCAAACAUGUGGUCCAACAUCAAAGAUAGUAUGCAUAAAUCACUAUGCUUCCGUAAUGCCAUACCAUUUCUACCGUCAAGCUUCAGACAACGCAUCGUAUGAAGAUACAUUUCCCAAGACGAUUGUUGGCAACGAUUCGUCUUUUUCGCUUCUGCCCGGUGCGGAUUUCUUGGUCUUCGAUCAGCAGCGUGGAUUGGAGAUGCUGGGAACUGCACCGAGUUAUGAAUUUAUGUUUGCGGUGAAUGAUGCGGUGCAUGAAGCUCCAGUAUAUUCUCCGGCAACGAAUAAAUUGUAUCUGAGCCAACUGAGAGGAAAUACCAGUCCUCCAGGCUUUCUACCUCAGUUGGUUGUGAAUUUGAAUGUUGACCCUCCAUAUCUGGGAGAAUUGCUCUCUGACCCGCCGAUUUAUGCUCCGAACGGUGGAACAAUUCAUAAUGGCUUGAUAUAUUGGGGCGUGUCUGGAGGAAAUGACAGCAUUGGUGGUAUUGAGGAACGGCCAGGUAUUGCAACGCUUGACCCGACGACUAACAAGACCGUCACACUUCUGAACAAUCACUUUGGCCAUUACUUUAAUACAGUAGAUGAUUUGUUUGUGGCUGAUAACGGAGAUGUUUGGUUCACUGAUCCUCAGUAUUCAUGGUUCAAUGCCUUGACCGAUACCGCGCCACAGUUGAACUCAGCAUCGUACCGAUUCCGUCCUUCAACUGGUGUAGUCACGAUGAUCGAUGAUACGAUGGUACAGCCAAAUGGAAUAGCUAUCAGUCCAAGAAUGGAGAAUUGCUCUGCAACAGAGAAUCGGAAGGUGUAUAUUUCGGACUCCGGGGCCGUGACAGGCACUAUCCUUCAGUCGUUGGGUUCCCAUGGAACAGGCUUCAAUUCGACUGGAAAAAGAACAGUUUAUGCUUUUGACUUGACUUCGGAUGGAAACCACAUCAUCAACAGGCGUCCAGUCUGGUUUGCUCAAGACUUCAUCCCUGAUGGCCUGAAGGUAGCCAGAAAUGGGUGGAUAGUGGCUGGUACCGGCACGGGUGUUGAUGUGGUAGAUCCUGACGAUGGAGCAUUGAUUGUGAGAAUCCAAACAAACUUCACAGUCCAGAAUUUUGCGUGGACUGGAACUGAUUACAUGGACUUCUGGCUCAUGGGUAAUUCUGGCAUAGCGCGUGUCAAGUGGAACUUGCAAGGGCAAGAGCUGAAGUAG